CCCCGCGGCCGGGUCAGGUCAGCCCUACAGUCGCCCCGACCCACGGCCCACAAAUGGUGUGGGAUGCGGAGGAGCAGACCAGCCGGGUGGUGUUCCGCUGGUACCGGAGCACCUGGACGGACCAGCUACCCGUGACGCUUACCAUCUCCCAUCCCUUCACCGUCGUCGAGCUCAUCUGGAGCCCUCUCAAGGCGGUGUACGAGUCCCGCGGCGUUCUGCUGCCGUUCGGCCAGUUUCACGGCUCGCUGCGCGUUGGCGGCGCCUCGCUGCCCGUCGAGCCAUUCCGCGUCAACCGCUUCACCUUCGAGGUGAUCCUGUUUCUACGCGACAUCGGCUAUGGCCCGGACGAGCUGGACACGGCGCGGCUGCUGCCGACGCGGUGGCCGUCCCUCGGCCUCAGUGCCCCGGCGGCGGCGUCGCCUGCGCCUCCCAGCCACCUGGACCUGCAGCACGGCCGGCUUGUCACCCGUCUGGCCGCCCUGUCGCUGCGACCGAGCUUGGCUCCGACGUGCGCCAGCUGCAGCGGCAGACGCGCACCAACGAGCGGCAUCUGGACCAGCUGA